UGAGUGAUUCGUUCUUUUUCGCGUUUGGGUUCUGUUUGGAAAUGCAAACGAUUACCCGGAUUUAAAUUCAGAGGCCUGACACUCCAGCAGCCAUGAAUUUGUGUAGCUUUGUGGGCUCUUUGCUCCUCCUCCUUUUCAUCAGCAGGAUCAUGGAAUUUUCUGUUGCCAGCACAGAAGAGAUCUUGCCUCCCACCAUUCAGAAACUGAUGAAGGGAUACAACAAGUACCUGAGGCCGUUCUUUGACAAAGGCCCUGUUACUGUAGGCAUGAGUUUGGAUAUCGCCAGCAUAGACACUAUAUCAGAAAUCAACAUGGAUUACACAGCCACCAUCUUUCUUCGUCAGCGCUGGACAGAUGAACGGUUGUGUUUUGAUGGCAAUAAGAGCUUGAGUCUGGAUGGGAGAUUGGUGGAACUCCUAUGGGUCCCUGACACGUUUAUAGUGGAUUCCAAGAAAUCCUUCCUGCACGACAUCACUGUCGAAAACAGACUGAUCCGGAUAUUCCCCAACGGAACUGUGCUGUAUGCCCUCAGAAUUACCACCACAGUGGCCUGCAGUAUGGACCUGACCAAAUACCCCAUGGACAGGCAGACUUGCACCCUUCAACUUGAAAGCUGGGGAUAUAACGUGAAAGAUGUUGUGUUCCAUUGGACUCGGGGGAACCAAUCAGUUAGUGGUCUUGAUCAUUUACAACUUGCUCAGUACACCCUUGAGGAUCACUACACUUCAGAAUCUGAGGCCGUUUACGAGACCGGUAACUACCCUAAAUUGAUCUUCCACUUUAAACUCAAGCGGAGCAUCUUAUAUUUUAUUCUGGAGACGUACGUUCCUUCCAGUGCUCUGGUGGUUCUGUCCUGGGUCUCAUUCUGGAUCAGUCAGUCUUCAGUCCCAGCUCGCAUCUGCAUAGGAGUGACCACAGUUUUGACUAUGACCACCCUGAUGAUGGGGGCCCGCACCUCUCUACCAAAUGCCAACUGUUUUAUCAAAGCCAUUGAUGUGUAUCUGGGCAUCUGCUUCAGCUUCAUCUUUGGAGCACUGAUUGAAUACGCAGUUGCCCAUUUCUGCACAUUACACCAGCCAAACGCUGCUAAUGCGUAUAUGUAUGGCCAGGAAAUGCAGGAGCGUGAGGACGAAAUGAAUGGCAUCGUUACCUCCAUCGGCACGCAUGCUUUGCGGGCCCGUAAACGGGAGGAGAUGCUGUCCCACAUAGGCAGCACCAGAAGCCCCACCCCUGGUGAUAGUAAUGAGGAGAUCAGCUCGUCACAACCGCAGAGCCGCUGCGGCAAGUCCAUGGCGGUGGCACGGCGAGUUGUGCUCUGUCUAAACUGCUGUAAAGUGAAGAACCCACACUAUAUCGACAACUACUCACGACUGACAUUUCCUCUCUCCUUCAUCUUCAUUAACUUCCUCUACUGGACCUACUACCUGUACUUCUAG